AUGCUACACCCAACGCUGGAUCUGAGUAGCUUUAAUGUUGUCCUUGCAUUAUCCGGAAUACAUGUCUUGGUCUUUGGCGUUGUCGCUGUGAAAAUCAACCAACGAUGGUAUCUCGGUGAAGCCUUACCCUCCUUCAUUGUGGGGACUAUCAUAGGCCCUUUCUGUGCAAAGUUCAUUGACGUGAGCCAAUGGGGAGGAGAUAUCGAAGUCGACUGUGGUGAUAUUGCCUACGGCUUGAGUCGACUCGUGAUCGGUGUUGCAAUGAUCAAAGUAGGCUAUGAGCUGCCAAAACGAUAUAUUAGACUUCAUCUGCUCGAACUCACCAUCUGCCUGCUGCCUUUGAUGACAAUCCAGUGGCUGAUAACCUCGGCAUGCAUUAAAUUGAUGAUCCCUCAGCUAUCCUUUCUGACUGCCCUCAUAAUCGGGUCGUGUGUCAUCUGUAUAGACCCGGUUCUCUCGCAGGCUAUUGCAAAAGGUCCUUUCGCAGAUCAAUAUGUCCGACGUCAUCUUCGAGAAUUCAUCUCCGCCGAAGCGGGUGGGAACGACGGUUUCGGGUUCCCAUUUCUGCUGCUCUCGAUCGCCCUUCUUCGCUAUGCCGAUGCGCCGGGGAUGGAGAUGGCAACAGCCGGCCAUGCGAAACAAAGUCAAGACUGGAUUGGCGAGCCGGACAUAGGACGGUUUGGGGGGACUGUCGGUCGAGCCUUGGCACAUUGGGCUGUGGAAGGAGUAUUGUACAUGUUAGUGAUGGGCGCUGGAUAUGGUGUGCUAGUCGGGUUCCUGAGCCGGAAAGCAUUGAACAUAGCCUCGAGAAGGCAAUGGAUUGACAAGGCAAACUUUUUCUCAUAUCCUCUUGCGAUGGGUUUGUUCAUCGUCGGGACCUGCGGCUGUUUUGGCUCCGACGAGACCCUCGCCUGCUUUAUCGCCGGAUGUGCCCUAAAUUGGGAUGGGUCCUAUCAUUUCGAAGUUGAAGAGAGACACGACUCAUUCAAUUCGACGAUUGGAAACCUCUUGAAUAUCGGAACAUUUAUGUUUCUCGGUGCUAUCAUGCCAUGGGACCAAAUGCAUAUGCCUAACCAGAGCGGGAUCACGAUUCCUCGGCUAGUUGGGCUCGGAUUCUUGAUCUUAAUAUUCCGUCGUAUACCAGCAAUCAUGAUGGGGUAUCGAUUUAUGCCAAAAGUCUGUGAGAGUUGGAAAGAGGCAUUGUUUAUGGGAUACUUUGCUCCGAUUGGAAUUGGUGCCAUUUCAUAUGUCGAGUAUGCUCGACGAUUGUUGCCGGACCCUGGAGAGAGUGAUGCAGAAAUCAAUACCUUGACUACUGCCAUGAUACCUGUGGUAUAUUGGCUUGUUUUCUUCUCUAUUGUCAUCCAUGGCCUGUCGGUACCGGUCCUGAGCUGCCUGUAUAGAUGGUUCCGAGUUCCUAUUGUCCGCGAUCACCCAGUUGAGAUCGUUCUUCUCUCAGAGACGGAACCCAUUCCCAAUAACAGUGUGGUCGAUCGCACCGGUCAUUCUAUAAUAUUGAACAACCGCUUCUCUUAUGUCUCAAACCGGCAAUCCCGUUCAGCUCAUAGUGAUCUGCAUCGGGAUCAAACAGACACGAUUGUGCUAUGUCCUAGUGAAGAAACUAGCUAUACCGGCUCGGUAGAACAAGUCUCAACGAAAGCGUCGUCGCCCGAACUGAAGCGGAGUUUUCCUACGAGAAAUUUAGUUUGA